AUGAACAGGGACGACUACAUCCAAGAGGCUUAUCGGCAACUCUCCAACGAGACAUUUUAUCGUAAGGUCGAUAGUGACAUGACGCACGUACACGCACAGCAGAUUAAUAACACCAUCAAUAGAAUUUUAGAGAAGGGUGAUAUUGACAACGAUACCGCGAAAUUCCUGCGCCCCGAAAACCCUCAAGCAGGAAUGUUUUAUCUUCUUCCUGAAAUUCACAAACCUGGGAACCCUGGUAGACCCAUCAUGAACUCCAUCAAACACCCGACGGAGAAAAUUUCCCAGUUUGUUGACUCCCACCUCCGACCAUUCGUGGAACAUUUACCAUCUUUUUUAAAAGACAACACAGACUAUCUAAACAAAACACCUGAUAAGAACUUACCAGAAGGUACAUUAUUAGUUACGAUGGACGUCGUUUACCUCUACACUAACAUACCGCAUAACGGCGGCAUUGCUGCCUGUCGCGAGGCAUUGGAACGGCGCAGUACCAAACACCCAUCGACUGAUAGCCUGGUGGAUUUACUGAGACUUGUCCUCACACUUAACAUUCAAUGA